CGCCUUGUCCAGUCGUUCCCCGCCCUCCUCUCCUCCUACCCGCCCUUCACCUACGUCCACAAUGCGUGCUGCCGUCGCCCUUGCUGCCCUGCUCCCCGCUGCGGCCCUCGCGGACAUCUCCAUCAACUUCCCCUCUGGCGAUGGAUACUGGGUCGCGAACCACUCGAACACGAUCUCUUGGUCCGCCUCGAGCAACGACCCGAACGUCACGAUCAUCGUUCGCAAUGACCAGAACGCGACCCUGAACGGCGACUACGACAUCGCCGAGUACGUGAACGCGGCGAGCCUGACGUACACGGUGACGAACGUGACGCUUCUGCCCGGCACAGGGUACCAGGUCGUCUUCGUGAACACGUCGAACACGACGCAGGAGUACACGCGCUCGGACACCUUCGAGAUCAAGCCCAACGGGACUACUCCCGCGACGGUCUCCUCGUCUGCGCCGUCGGGAACCGCGACGUCCCACUCGGGAUCGUCUGGCUCAUCGGGCACGCAGUCGGGCUCUGGCGCGAGCGCAUCCUCCACCGACGAGAAUGGCGCACCCGCCAGCCUCUCGCUCCCCAUGGGCCCACUCGGCGCCGUCGCUGGUCUCAUGGCCAUGUCCGCUGCGCUCUUCCUGUAAAAGCCUCCUGUAGGCCUUUUUCAUUGUCCGCUGUAACUCGCGGACUUGGCCUUUACGGCGUUUUUACCUGUACGGACUCCCUUUGCUCUCGUCUUCCUUCCUUGUACUGGGCUUGUGUGUUUGUGACAGUGUCGGACUGCAUACACAGGGCGACUCGAGUGUACUCUUGGUAUCCCUGUUGUUUUAUACCCGGUCAUUACCUCUCGUCUUGCUGUUGAUUGUACCCUACACUUGUUCCUGUGUUGGCUGCUGUCAAUCCAGCUCUUCUGGUAGUGACUGUCUCGUCAGAACCUCGUGAAUCCGCAAGAAGCGUCCUGGCU